ACUUUCUAUAGUAUGUUAGACACGCGAAGAAAAUUCGGAAACCUCACAAAGCUAGUCCAAUUAUGGAGUAUCCACGACCAGUGUUCAUACUGCUGUUCAGUGAUUUGUGGUUUUAUCCAUUCGAUAAGUUCUGCAUAAAAACCAUAAAGAUGCUGUUUAAUGAAGAAAAGAGAGCCAUAUUGCAAUUUCAAGAAAGGUCAACUGGACCUUUAGUUGGACCAGGAAGAUAUAAUAUUUUGCGUUAUUUAGGAAUGCCAGAAAAAUAUAAAACUGUAGAAAAGGACAUCAGCCUCAUCGAUCUUUUGCACGAAUUUGAUCCGGAAUAUAAAGAAGCAAAAACUGUUAAAAGAAUAAAUUAUUUCAUAAAAACACCUCCUAAGAGACUUAUUCCUUUCAAUAAUACUAGUGAGAGAUUCCCUCGUGAGCAAUCUCCGGAUAAAAUUAUACCUGGAGUUGGAAGCUACAAUUUAAAAAGAGAAUUCUCUGAAUUUCCAAAUAGACAGCAUUUAAGCUUUAGAAAAGAUUUGAAGGAUCGCGUCGAAAAAUUUAAGCAAAUUGCUUUCUUUACCACAUAUCCAAAAUCUCCAAAUCGAUGUCCUCCAACUUUUACGUAUCCAGGGCCGACUUCUUACGAUAAAAAGCCCAUAUGGAAAAAAGAAGAUAAAAAAUGGGGUAAUGUUGCCACAGCUCCUUUUGCGAAUCGACAGCCCAGAUCGCUCUUUACAGUAUCUAGAAAUCCGGGUGUAGGACGUUAUAACGUUGGUCAUGCUUUAGAUCACAUUACAAAAAGGAAAGACUUUCACAACCCUUUGUGUGAUGGAAUUCCUUUUAACUCUACUUCCUGUCGAGAACUCCACAAAGCACCACCAAUAAUCGACAGAACUAUAUGCACGUAUAGAGGACCAGGUAGAUAUAAUAUCAAAAAUGAAGAUAAGAUACGUGGUGUACUGUUUGGAAAUGAUAUCAGAUUUCGAAAGCAGAAGAACAAAACUCCAGGACCUGGUUCUUAUAAAUUGAGUACCUUUUAUGAUCAUACCAUUGUUAAGAAGACUUUUAAUGUAGCAGCGGCCGUAUCUACUCAAAUUAGAAUGAAAAAACUAUUGUCUACUCCAAAUUUAAAGAUCAAAGAUUCUGCAGAUUUCGAAUGGAUCGACAACAUUAAUCCUAAAGAUCCUAUUGAUAUCUUUCAUGUCGAUUUUGUCACUGAUCAAGAUGGAACUAAUAAUAAAAUAUAA